AUGGGAAAGCUUCGCUCAAAAGAUGGAUGGCUGAAUGCAACGGCUUACCCGAGAACAGGCGACCAAGCCAAGCCGAUCUGUUCGCAGUGCCAGAAAAAGAACCGGUCAUGUCUUCGAGAAGAUCCAUCCAAUCGCAUCAGGAUCAAGCACUAUCAACCACGAAAGGCCAGGAAAGACCCCAAGGAUGCUCCUGGCCAUCACCAGGAUGAAAUAUCUCCCCUUCCGGAACACAGAACUGCAGACGCAGUGAUUGCUAAUGCAACCAGCCCUGAACACAUUACCCAUCCAAUCUAUGCCGAAUUCUGUAAUAACCAAUAUCGCAAUGCCUCGGUGACAUCACCAUACAACACACAAGGAUCUACUAUCCUCCCAAAACUCACCAACAACUCUGUUCCCGUGCCCCUAAUGGUCUCUCCAGGCAACAAUACCACUACCCCACCCUACUGCAGCGUCGUGGGAAUCCCCAUCUCCCAUCAGCUUCGACCGGACUCUUUAAGUCCAUGCUCUCCGGCUUCGCCUACAGGUGCGAUACAUGCAGGGGCUCCACUGACCUACAGAGAAGCUUACCUUGUGCAUCACUUUGCAACGCACCUCGGGUAUUGGCUCGACUGCACCGACGCUUCCCGCCAGUUUACUCGAAAAAUCCCCAUCCUGGUCAAGCAAUCGCCGAUCCUGCUGCAUGCCGUACUUUCCUACGCGGCCCGGCACGUCGGGGAUGCUGAAAUGGCCGAGCAGGCCCAUGAGCGUUGCGUAGAAUUAUUGAUUCCCUCUCUGAGCUCGGAAAAGGUGGCCGACGAUGAUGUUCUGCUGUGUGCCAUUGUCAUCCUGCGGGUGUUUGAACAGUUGAACGUCAUGGUGACCGGAAGCGAUCAGGAGCGUCAUUUAGCUGGCUGCUCGGCUCUGCUCCGAGCGUCGCAAGGCCGGGAGGUGGAUCCAUCGACCCCGGGGUUGCGGCAAGCGGCUUUCUGGGUGUACAUGCGUCAGUGCCUGUACAAUGCCUGUAUACAUCAGCAGGCCCCUAACGUGGAUUUGGUGAACUUGGUUCUCAUCCCCCCGCCGGGCGGAGGUGACCCUCUGAGCGAUCUGAGGUCUGAAACAGCCUGGGCCAACACCAUGACUUGGAUCUGUGCCACGGUGGUACACUUUUGCUUUGGAUCGAGUUACCCUGAGCCCUCCACCAGAAUACGCCGAUGGCAACAGCUAUCCGAGGCUGUUGAGACUUGGUUGAGCACCCGACCGGAUACAUUUAACCCAAUCUGGUAUAGCGAAGCUGUCCAGGGGAGUGAAAACCCAUUCCCAGAGAUAUGGUUCACGGCGGACUGGCAUAUUAUGGCGUUCGGAUUUUAUCAUCUCGCCUGUAUGCUCUUGGCCAUCUACAAGCCAUCGCCUAGAUUUGCGGUCAGGGGGCUACAUAGCACAGCUCAUCCGAGUCAUGAUGCACGCUCGCGCAAUCUGUGGGGCAUGCAACAGUUCCCCUUCGACGGUGCCAUCAUUGAUCACGCUCUGUCAUUCCACCUUUAUAUGGGGUCCCUUGAUGACAGAUUCAGCAGAAAGGGCAGGAGUAAUUAG